UUGGGAGCCUCUUGCCGGGUCGCGUGAAAAACUCGUAAUUGUGAAGCCGUAAACGGAAGCGUGUUCCUCUAACUUUUUCGUCGGUUUGUUUGGACUGUGAAUUUUUUCUCCAAUUUUUUUAUACACUCUGAAGAGUUUAAUUUAUCCAGAUUUACGUAUACCACCAUGUGUGGCGGUCACCACGCGGCCGCUGCCGCCGGGUGACCGUCAACAAAUGUAUCCCAACUGUAUUAUUAUUCCUGCAUUGUGUUGUUAAGAGAGCGGUGCGGUGGGGGCGGCGGGGCGGGCCCGCGAGAUGAGCGGCGCGCGCGCAGCCCGCCCCGCCCGCGAUGCAGCGUCUGCGCACCACCUUCAAACGAUCUCGGACGCCAACGCCCGCCGAUAUGAAGACGCAGAGCAGCCUCGAAGUGCCCAAGCAGGUCCGGUCGGCGUCAUUCGAUGAGAUCCAGCUCGAAGCUGCGCGCGGCGCCGGUGCCAGCUCGCUGCUGUCGGUGCCGCAAGCUGGAGCGAGGAGCCGAUCCUUUGACUCCGCCGGAUCUGAUGAUUCUGGCACUUAUUUGGAGGUUCCACGAUUGUGGUCACGGCGUCGAUCUGGAAAAGGCACCCCGCCACCAUGCGUCCAUUGUCGACAUAUGGAGACAUGGCUAGCACGUAGAAGCGAGGAACGUACUACCCCUGAACGACUACCAGCUUCUUCAUCUGCAGAAGAUGAUGACGAGGAAGAUGAUGAAAGUGAUGUUGAAUCACCAAAAAUUCUUCUUGCCCCAGCCCCUCCAAAGCGAAUGCUUCUUCCCCCACCAAUACAAUCACCUCCACCUUCGCCUGGUGCACCAUCAUUUGAAUUACAACCGCCAAUUGAUGAACCUCCUGUCUUACCUCAAAGAAGACGUUCAAUAUCACGACAAGAAGCGUUCUUUGUGGAGCCAACGGGAAGUUCCCUAGAAAAUGUUCGAGCUUCUGAGGAAAAUGCUAACAGUGGACCGAGAGAUUCAAUAGUACAUGACAUAUAUUUAGCAGUGCCCGAACUGAAGCGCGACCGAGCAGCCUCAGUCGAUUCGUGUUUUUCGAAAGUAUCGGGUGGCGCUAGAGCUGAAGAAUUAAGUGAAUGUGUUGAAUCACUAACCGUUCCUGGGACAGGCCUACGUUCACGUUCUGUGGAUAUUGUGUUACCAACGGCAGAACAGUCACGUUACAAGGCACUCGCUUUGACUUCAGCCCAAGCACCGCCAUCACCAAGCUAUGCAGUUCCACCCCCUGAUGAAGUAGACGUUGUGCCCGUGGUCCUGCACGUUUUAGAAAACAGACGUACUAGUGAGGGAGCGGCGGGGCCUCGAGUGCUUCGGUCCACUCCGGACUGGAGUGAAACAGCUAUCAGUGGCGAGCAUCUCUGGCAACCCACAUCAGUCUCCGGUGACUGCUGCUAUGUUGGCGACGCGGAAUGCCAGAAACACGGGCCACGCAUGAAAUGUUCUGCGUGUAAAAUUGUAGCCCACACUGCAUGCAUCGAUAUCCUCAUAGACCGAGUGCAAUUUACGUGUAAGCCGACUUUCAGAGAUGUUGGAGUCAGACAAUACAGGGAACAAACUGUCACACAUCAUCAUUGGGUGCACCGACGAUCCGAAAAAGGAAAAUGCAAGGCUUGCAGCAAGUCAUUGCGGCGCGGUUGCUGUGGGUGGUGCUUAUCCUCAAACAACACUGUCGAAAAGGCGGUAGGAGGUAGCACUGACCUAGAGGAUCCUUCUCUGCAGGCCAAAAUAUCGUUUAGUUCAAAGGAAAUUGUUGCCUUAAGUUGUUCGUGGUGUAAGGAUGCAUACCACAAUAAAGAGAGUUGCUUUAACCUCCAACGGAUUGGAGAAGAAUGCUCGUUAGGUACCCAGGCAAAUAUAAUUGUACCACCGUCAUGGAUUGUGAAGCUUCCGAGAAGGGGCAGUUUCAAAUCAUCUUUAAGAAAAUCGCCGAAAAAGAAAAACGCAGCGAAGAAAAAAGGAAAGGACUCUAAGGUGGAGCAAAGGCCCUUCGUCAUAAAACCAAUACCGACAGCCAACGUCAAGCCUGUCCUCGUUUUUAUUAACCCGAAAAGCGGAGGCAAUCAAGGUGUGAAACUGUUGCAAAAAUUUCAAUGGCUUUUGAAUCCACGGCAAGUUUUUGAUUUGACCCAAGGCGGACCAGGACCAGGAUUAGAAAUGUUUCGUAAAGUGCCUAAUCUACGCGUUUUGGCCUGCGGUGGAGACGGCACUGUAGGCUGGGUGCUCAGCGUUCUAGACAGGAUUGGUGCCCGACCAGCCGUGGGAGUGCUACCGCUGGGCACCGGGAACGACCUCGCCAGGGCUCUUGGAUGGGGAGGGGGUUACGAAGAUGAGCCAAUAUCAAAAAUCCUGGCGCAUAUCGGCGAAAGUGACACCGUGCUGUUGGAUCGAUGGCAAUUGACAGUAGAACCGAAUUCGGCGGCGUCUGGCGAGGAUACCAGCAACGCUAAAGCGGACUUGCCUCUCAACGUCGUUAACAACUAUUUUUCAUUCGGUGUAGACGCUCACAUUGCUCUGGAGUUUCACGAAGCCAGAGAGGCGCAUCCAGAAAAAUUUAACUCUCGAAUACGAAAUAAGCUGUUUUACGGAACAGCGGGCGGAAAAGAUCUCAUGCAACGGAAAUGGAAGGGUUUAGCUGAUUUUGUUACUUUAGAGUGCGAUGGAAAAGACCUGACACCGGUUUUAAGAGAACAUAAAGUUCACGCCAUUGUCUUUUUAAACAUUCCAAGUUAUGGAGGGGGAACUCAUCCCUGGAAUAAAUCUAUGGGCGCCUCUGAUCCCUCGACUGAAGAUGGAUUAAUCGAAGUAGUAGGAUUAACCACAUAUCAAUUGCCUUUAUUACAAGCGGGUGGUCAUGGCACGUGUAUCACUCAGUGCAAAACGGCGAAAAUAGUGACAACGAAAGUGAUACCUAUGCAAGUUGAUGGCGAGGCUUGUAGACUUGCACCGUCAGUGAUUACUCUAUCAAUUCUUAAUCAGGCUAUAAUGCUUGCAAAGAAGAAACCUGGAAGGGUGCUGGCGCCCUUAGCAACGUUGGACAAAUUGACGUUUACUGUGAAUCUCAUAACUAUGGCAGAUUACGAGCGCCACCACUACGACAAGGAAUUGCUGGCUAAAGCAGCCGAACGGGUAGGCACCUUGGAAGUUAAUCCGGCCACCGAUUUAGAGCAAAUGCGAAACCUUGUUCAGACCAUGAUCAAAGAAUCUCAAGCCUACUCGAACAUCGUCGAUUGGUGGUUCGUCGAUUCUGUAACGGCGGAAAGGUUCUUCCGUAUCGAUAAGGCUCAAGAGAAUCUCCACUAUCCAAUGGACAUUGGACAUGAAAAUAUUUACAUUUUGGACGCGGCGCCUCUCACACCGGACACGGAGACGACAGUUCACCCCGAGACCACUGCGACUGCAUCAUUGGACCGCACAGGGCCAUCGGUGUCACUAGACACCACUACAGGACUCUCGGUGUCUCUUGAUAUAUCGCAGAGCGUUGAUACACCGAGCGCUGGAGUCUCAUUGGAUGUACCAGAAUCACAUGCAAGCGAAUCCGGCUUUGGCAGUCCAACACGGACCUCAGAAGAAGUGGCAACUCCACAAACACCACCGUCUGCGGCCACCACUGCCACGCCCACAUCCAAGUCUUCUCUUUCGCCCAAGCUAUCAGUACCGAGAGUGUCCCAAGAUUCCAAUUCUCCCCCAUUAUGUACAAGUCCAACGACCAAAGAUAGUCAACCGUCACAAGAAUCGAUUGCGAGAUUUAAAACCAUACAUGAAAAAUUAUUUGGACUUGAACAAGAAGUAUUUGGCUGUAGAAAUUUAUUGGAAAAAACGUCUGAUUCACUUCUCAAAGCGGCGAAAGUCGGUGACUUGAAAAUGAUAAAAGAGCUGCAUGCGGCGGGCUAUUCCCUACUCUCGAUUGACGCGACUGGCCAAACCGCUUUGCACAUAGCCGCGCGCUACGGCAACAAAGAGAUCGUGAAAUAUUUAAUAGCCUGCGCUCCCACGGCCAUUUUGAAUAUGAGUGAUAAUGAGAAGGGGCAGACAGCCUUACACAAAGCAGCUGCGUAUAAGCGACGAGCAAUCUGCUGUAUGUUGGUGGCUGGAGGAGCAUCGUUGACGCGACAGGACCAUGCUGGUCUGACCCCGAGACAUCUCGCUUUACGCGCUGAUGACCAUGAUCUAGCCGCGUACUUAGAAAGUCAAGAACAUUUCCAGUUAGUGUCUGAAGAUUUGGAAACUACGGUUUAGAAAACCCCUCACUACUUCACAUAAUAAUGAUGAUGCAAUUAAAUUAAUAAUAAGAUAAUUUUAAUUCAAAUAAGUACCAAAAUGAUAUUGUUGUUACAUUAUUACUUGCUUUCCGAAAUUCCAUUAAUUACUUAAUAGAGAAUAUAGAAUAAUACUGUAAAAUAUAUUGUAGAUUUUAUUUAAUAACUUCUACUUUUACGAAUAAAAGACUAUCACUGAGCUUAUAAAUCUAAUAUUGAUAUUAUAUUAUCUCGUUCUCACAUAUCCUCGGAAACUCAAAGAGCAUGUCUUUUUCUCAAUUCAAAAAUAAAAUGUGCGUGUGAUCACAGAAGCGAAUUUAUCAUUUAAUUCCAUUUUGAAUAUCUUAAUUGAUUACGAUUCUUUAAAAAAUUAACAAACUUCACAAAAUCAGUAAAUUAAUCGACCACAUUUUAAGAUUAUCUAGAUAUGUGACGUUGCUAAACUAAACAAAAAUUAUCUGAAAAAUUUAUGUUAUAAAAUUAGAUAAUGUACGAGUAGCCAGUAUAUAAGCACUUCGUUUUGAUUGAAAUGUCACUGUCACAAUGAGUGUAAUGAUAAAUUAUGAAUUUUUGUGAUGUCUAUAUAAUGUUACAUUCUUUAAUCGCAAGUCAAACAUUAUUAAUCAUUCUAUAUAAAAAAAAAUGUUACUUCAAAUCGAUGAAUUUGGAAUGUUUAAUUGCACCUAUUUUCUGAUAAUGGACAAUGGAAUUAUUAAUGAAACUUCGCAGUGUUACGAACAAAUGAAAUAUUAAAGCUUUAGCUUAAAUCCCUAUUAUUUACUACGGGAGUACCUUUUAUACGACUUAUUUUUAUAUCUAUAAUACACUCCUGUACUUUCCUAUAUACUAUAAACGAAAUACUAAAUUUAUAUAAAUAUACUACGAUACAUAAGAUUUACGAAUAUAUAGAAUUAAGAAAACGAAUAUUUAUUAAAGUUUAUUGUAAAAAUUUCGGAAUAUAAUUUUAAAUAUUAACUCUUUAGCUAAAAUAUAUUUCUAAUGAAAUUGCACUGCAGUAGGUAAACCAUUUACUUAAUUAUUUCCUGGCUUCAAUUAAUUGUUAUUUCUAGUGUAAUAAUUUAGAAACCUUUUCUAGUUCAGCUAUGAUUGGUCAAUAAUAUAAUAUUAUUAUCGUGUGCGAGUAGUGUUCUUAAAUAAGUACCCAGUAUUUCAUUCAAUGUCUUUUGUUCGUUUAAUAGGGUAAAGUUUGGUUGUGUUACAAUGAUUGUUAAGGGGGAUUGAAGCUAUCAUAAGGAACUUUACUAGGUUGAUGUUGGUUAUUUAUUUAUUUAGUUUAUGUAGACCUAGGCAGUUGAAUAGGAAGUGAUGGUGUUUAUGUGUUUAAUUAUUUAUUUAAAAAGGCCUUUGCAUUAUAGCGUAGCUAUUUUGAAAUAUUAGCAAUAAUAAUUUAUCGUACUAAUUAGUUUUGAUGUAAAAAUUCGUUAUUAUGAUCUCAAAGCCUUCACUUAAUUAGUUCAUAUAGUUCACAACAUGGAAUAAAUAAAAAUAAUUAAUGCCUAAUAAAAAUAAUUCUGCACUACAUAAUAAAGUAAAUGAAGUAAUAAUUGCCUCAAUUAUUUUUAUUUAUUAUAGUAUAGUAUUAGAACUACGAAUCUUUAAAAUUAGGCAAAAAUAGCUCACGCAUUGUAUGGAUUGUUAGACGUUUAUUAUUUGUAAGAAGCAUAACUAUUUGUUGCACUUACAUAGAUCAUAAGACGGGGAAAUAAUUGAAUCCGUAAAUUGCAAUAGUAAUACAACCAUUCAAAUAAUUUUUUCAUCAGCUUGUACUCUGCGGCCUAAAAGGACUUUUUUUUAUAAAAUUGUCAAUUUUUAAAUUUCGUCUCUUCGUAAUAUCUAUCACAUAACAAUCAUAGGAUUCGUUUAUUUUCUAUACAUUCUCUAAUGUUUUCAAUUGAAACAUUUAAACUAUUAGAAAGCAUUGUUUAGAAUGAAACCCAUGCAAACCUAUAUUGAGAAUGUUGUGAUUUGUAUAGUUGAAAUUAUUUAAUGACUGUAAUGAAAUACCUCUAUGUAUAGAUAGAUGUUACUCUAUAGUCUUAUUGUAUUAACGAAUUUAUUCGUAUUUCUUAAUUUACUCGCUGAAAAGCGAACAAUGAAAGACAAAGCUGUGAGAAUUUUGAACAUAAUGUAAAAAGUAAGUUCAUUUUUAUUGUAGGCUCGAUUUGUGUGCAGUUUUCGUGUUAUCUGUUGUGUUGUACGUAGAUAGAUUUGAUAAGAUACUAUCGAAAUACUUCAAGUUUAACCAUAAUAUAUCAUUAUUUAUUGAUUUGUCGAAGAAAUGGUCUACAAUCAGUGUAAAUUAUCUGCAAUUUUCAAUCUGGAAUCUAAUGACGUUUAUUGUCUCCUUUCUCUUCUUAUGUUUUUCUUCAAUGAAAUAUUAAAGUGUGUCAAAAUUAAAUCUUUAAGACUUAGGACUAUAAGUUACACUCUCCUGUGUAUUCUCUAAGUGCUUUAAAUAUUGUAACUGAAUAUGUAUUUAAUAGCAAAAAUGUUUUAACCUUUAUGUAGAAUAGAUAUUUAUUACUGUAUUUUAUUGUAGUUUAUGUAAAUAUUACAUUUAUAUAUUGUGGAGGCCUUCAUUUAUGUAACAAUUAAAUUAAAAAUCUUUAACGAAUUAGACUACUUACUAGUAAUUUCACGACCAAUUUCUAUUUUAACUAUCACUAGUAAAUAUCACUCGUAUUGUGAUUGCAUUGUAAUUCAUAGAUAACUCGAGCACUGAUAAGUACACAGACUUAAACGUUUUAAUCUUACAAUUUGUUUUAUUUCGAACACUUUUCUGGCAGUGAAUGAUGAAAGUGUCCUUGCUGUAUGCUUACAACAUUGCAGUGAAAUAAAUUGACAUGAUAAUAACGGCAGGAUUAUUAAUUGUUAGUUUGAAAUAUAAAAUUCAGUUAAUACAAUCAAGUAACGUAACUUCAAAGUGCGACAAAUAUUAUGUUCAUUCAAAUUAUUAUAACAUAUAUAUAAAUAAAUAUUCCAA